GUGGCAGUAUGCACCGCUGGUUGGCUAGUAAAACAAAAUUGUGCAAGCGAGCUAGAGUACUUGAGAGCGGCGGUCGUAUGACUACGUCGAGUGAUGAAAUGAACUAAUUUCCGUAUACACGACUGAAAUUGACAAAAAUAGCGAGUUUAUUGUUUGACAAAACGUGAAAGACUAUUGUUUACAUCGCGUCCUGUGAACAUUAUUGUGGUUUUUAUUGAUAACAUCGAAGCUGAGCUCGCAUUGCAUGCUUUGGAAAACGCGCAAUUCGCGGAAAAUAUUUCCUAAAGAAAAACAUACAUGAUAAGGAGGGACGUCUCUAAAUCGACCCCUCACCACUCAACAUUCCUCCAUGACGCUGUGAUCCACCAAGAUGUUCAAGCUAUUAGGGAACCUUAGUGUAUACUUCAAAUACCAGGACAUCAGAACCGACAAUGCCUUGUUCCGUCUCCACAACACCUUCACGACAGUGCUGCUGCUCACGUUCUCGAUAAUAAUAACGGCCAGCCAGUUCGUGGGGCAGCCCAUACAAUGUAUAGUGAGCGGGAUACCUGCCCAUGUGGUCAACACGUUCUGCUGGAUAACUUCCACGUUCGCGAUGCCCGAUGCCUUCGCUAGAGAGGUCGGCAAAGAAGUGGCGCACCCAGGCGUAAGGAACCCGUACGAUGGUACGACUGAGAAGAAAUACUACACGUACUACCAGUGGGUGUGCUUCGUGCUCUUCUUUCAGGCCAUAAUGUGCUACACACCCAAGUUCCUGUGGGACUUCUUCGAGGGCGGGCUCAUGAGGACCAUCGUCAUGGGGCUCAACGUCGGCGUCUGCAAGAGCAAGGAGAAGGAGAAGAAGAAGGAACUGCUCAUCGGGUAUCUGCUGCGGUAUCAGAAGGAGCACAAGAUGUACGCCCUCCGGUACUUCGGGUGCGAGCUGCUCUGCCUCAUCAACAUCCUGGUGCAGAUGUGGCUGAUGGACAGCUUCCUGGGCGGCGAGUUCUUCAACUACGGCACGAAGGUGCUGGGCUACAGCGACGUGCCGCAAGAGCUGAGAUUCGACCCAAUGAUCUACAUAUUCCCGCGCGUCACAAAAUGCACGUUCCACAAAUACGGUGCGUCGGGCAGCAUACAAACGCACGACAGCCUGUGCGUGCUGCCGCUCAACAUGGUCAACGAGAAGACCUACGUGUUCCUGUGGUUCUGGUACGUCGCGCUCGCGACCCUGCUGUCCAUGCUGCUUGUGUACAGACUGAUAAUACUGUUCGUGCCAUCGAUCCGGCCGCGGCUCCUGCACGCUCGCUCGCGCUCGAUAGCGAUGGAGACCGCCGCCGCAGUCAGCAGACGCUCCGACGUCGGCGAUUGGUGGCUGCUAUACAUGCUGGCGCGGAACAUGGACCCGAUCAUAUACAGGGAAUUCAUAGCGGAGUUCUCAAAACGGCUCAGUGAGAAGCCCUCCUCGCGUGCGUGACAACCAGCCACCCCCUCCGUCUCCUUCGUCGGCGUGUGAAGCGCCCAUGCCCGCUCUGUGUCUAGGGUACACCUUGUAUAACUUCGAGGUACAUCCUAAAUAAUUAGGUACCUGCACCUUACAUAACGCAAGGUUCAUUAGGGACACUUUGUAUACCGUGAAGGUACACCUUCUAUUGCAUGUUUGAGACACCUUGUAUAAUUAUAAGGUUCGAUGUUUAUUGUAUAGAUUGUCCAAAGUCCAAAUUACACCUUUAAAAUCUAGGUUGCUAUAGCAUAUUUUAAGUUCGAAAUAAACCAUGAAGAAUUUUGCUAAAGUUUAUGGUACCUACUGUGUAUCUUGUUGAUAGGGUACAAACUGUAUAACUUCUCCAGUUCUAGACACCCUUUUUCACUUUUUGCAGGUCUAGUUCGGAUUUUCUAAACAUAGUUUGUUUUGCCGUGUUUAUUUUUAAGUAACCAGGACUUUGAAAACUAAGUAAUACUCUUAAAUAUAAGGUUAGUUUUCGAAAUGAGGUGACAUGUAGUACAUUGUCCUUUUUAAAACACUUUUUAUACUGAAACAAAAAUGCUUUAAGUACCUGUGCAAAGAAUUUUAACUUUUAAGCAUUCAUCAUUUGCUUGUGCCUUAAAUGUUUUUUUUUUAUAUAUAUUUGACGUAAAUGAAAAUCACAUGAAAAAAAAAACAAUACACUCUUUUUUGGGCAGUCGUGUAAUAACCAGAAAUCAUAAAUUUAUACUCAAAAUCAAUCAGAAGAUUUACGUUUCAUGUAGUUUUGACAUCGUUUUAUUGACACUAUUUUUAAUAUGUGGCCUUUCAUCAAAGAAGGGUCCUUAUUAUGCUUCAGGUGCAUAAGGAGCGUGGAGCGUUCUAACCCUUCUCUGAUGGAAAGCCACAUAUUAAAAAUAAUCAAGCUAAUGUAGGCAAGUUAUUGUUAGCCCUUGUGUUUAUGAGAAAUACAAAACCUGUAUUAUCAAAAAACUUAUUUUUUUACAAUAAGGGGUAAUUGGACUUUGGAUAGCGUUAUACGUUCGAAUUUUGGUGCAAUUUAUAUUAACAGGCAAAACGCCUGCUGCAAUUAGCAUCUUUUUAGACAUUUUUAAAGUAUACAAGCUCAAUUUUUUUCCGGAAUUUUUCUAGUAGUAUUAGUUAAGGUUUUAUUAAUUAAUCAAAUUUCUUGAAGUUUUUAGACUGAAUAAGUCUUAUGGCAUAUAUGGGGAAUUAAGCUGGAUUUUUAUGCGACUACUAAGGCAUAUUUCUAGGUAUAUAAAGCCUAGAAUGGCCAAGGGUUUAUUCGAGACAUUAGAAUAGGUGUAUCGAAUAAGCCCGUAGUUCUAUGGGCACAAUUGCGUUUUUUUUUAUGAAAGUGACCAAAACAGUAAUCUUUAUAUUACUAUUUGACAUUUCGUCUUCAUAUUUAAUGAGAAAUAUAAGUUUAAUUACCUGAGUUUUAUAAAUUUGUGGUCUUUUUUAAAUGCCAUUUUAAUUUAAAUUGGUUGUACUCUUUAUACAAAAUGUAUGGGUGUGUGUCACAACAGAAAGGGGUUGAAAGGACUGCAAAGUUCGAUAUUCCUAUAAUUUUAUACACACGAUAUAAUCUAUUAAUAUAUACGUUUUGGGUUGCCAGGAGUGUACAAAAUUCAUUUAAAUUUAGGUACGUAGGUUGUUUUUAUAAUCGAUUAGUGUAAUGUUGACAGGAUUUAUAAUUAAGGUGAGUUACACUGAAGAGAAUUAUGUUUGGUUCAAAAAGUUAUGAGUACUUCAUAAUUUGGUACUAAUUAAUUAAGCAUCAGAGCGUAUUCUAUGGUCAUUUUGACAGUAACAUUCCUGUAUUUUAAGUAUUUUUAUAGACAGUUUAAGUAGAGUAAAAUACCUUGUUAUUUAUUAAAAAGGCGAAGAGGAUUCAUUGUUCAAUUCUUUAGUUCGGUUGUGAUGUGAGAAAUUAUAUAACUUUGGUUGUACAACUAAUGUCAAAAGAAAACUUCAGCGUAUUCGGAAAUAUUUAAUGACACAAACGGGUCUACCACGAUAUAAUUUCAUUGUUUUUACCUUUAAUUCCGACGUUUCAGCACAGCACCAGCUGUGGUCACGGGAAGACUGACGUCCCAAUAAAUGUCAACGGAGAUAUUAAUUAAACACCACUAAACUACCCCCCGGUAGACCCGUUUGUGUAAUUAAAUAUGUGUACAAAACGCGAGAGUUUAAAGUGUUGUAUUCGGAAAUGUUUAAGAAUUCCCUAUUUAAUCUAAAUACAAUAAAGAUACAUAUAGGCUGAUAAAUACUGGUAUUGUGAUAUUUUUACUACCAAAACAGUAUGAGUAGGAAAUAUUACUGUCAAGUUCAAAUUCCUCGUUCAUUGACUACGUAGUCCUCUUCAGUUUAGCUCGAUAAGUUAAGAUAUUGUAAGUUGGGGGCCGCUCACUGCCGUAUAUUCGUGAUCCCUGCUUACUGUGCUACUUUAAGCGCAGGUCUGUAAAAAGUUCAUUCCAAUCUAAGAACUGUUUCUAAAUCUAAUAUUCUGUAUAACUCUUUUUACUUUCUCUCUACUUAUAAAAAUAUAGUUAAGCUUAUUGAUGUUUUCUAUAGGUUGCUUCACUCAUUUUAUUUAUUAUAACUCUUGCCCAUUUUCUAUUAUAUCCCGUCUGAUAAUAAAUAGUUCUCAGAUUAUAAUGAACGAAUAAUCGAUCCGAAUUUGGAACAAUAAGCCUAAUAUUUACCUUAUAAUCGACCUUUUAUUCGGUUGCCAUAAAAUCGAGUUUUGAAUGAUACCGCGUGGGUAAAUAAUAUUUUGUGUAAUAUGGCUUUUUUCGACAAAUCUUUGUAUUGAGAUCGUGACAAUAAAUGUGAUUAUAUAGUGUGAUAAAAAUGUCAAGAUAAAAAACAAAUCAAUUCAAUUAAUGUAAUAAUAAUGAAAUGUUGUAAAUGGACGGUAUCUGCAUGCUAGAUUUUGUAUAAAUGAUUGUUUUUAGUUAAUAAUUGUUACACCUAUGACAUUCUUAACUAUUUUAUCACACUACAAAAUACCUAACAAGUAAUAAAGAAUAUGGACUGAAGCAUUGAUCAUAAAUUAAGCAUAGAUCUGACUGAGAUCUGUAAAAGACAUCAUCAAAUCACCAACAUCAUUUUACAAAUCAAAUUCAAAAUAUUUUACUACAAGCCCUUAUUGGGUGUCGUGAUGUAAAGAAUCUCGAAUAACCUUUAGAUAUUGUGUUCAUUAAAGUGGCCUAUAAUGUAAACAGAUAUACAGUAUUCGGCAUGUAAUUUAGAUGAAAACAACAUUGCGACUCAAAUGAGAAAAUUAAACUAUGAAUAGUUUAAUUUUUUGUUUACAUUGACCACUGCUAUUGAAUACACGUAGUAAAACAAGCUUUUUCAGCAAUAAUCACAUAAUUAUUGAUCAAUAUUGAUUCAUUACCAAUGUACUCUCUCAUCAACAUUUAUUCAUUAAAAAACAAACGAAGAAAGGGGUACACCUUAUUUAAACUGUUAUAUAAACGGUACCCUUUAUUAUUGAAGUUCAUCAAUUGGAACCAAACUCGCCAGGUUGACGCAUAACUAUAUAAUUGUGAUAUAUCAAUUUAGAAUUAAAUCAAUUUAUAUCUAGACCGAUACAUUAUGUAAAUACCUAAUUGUAUUAAUUAUCAAUGUUUGUUAUACGGAAUGUACCCGUUUUUUAAUAAUCAUAAAUUGAUGAAAUUGUGAAAAAGGCUCUUUUAAGACAUAAGGCUAAACGUAUAAGACUAACUUUACAAUAUCAGUGACAGUUAUUACUGUCACUUCAACAGUCAGCAUCAAAAGCAUAGUGACAGCUGUCAAAAUGACAGUUAAGGACAAACAACCCGAGUGUACCUGAGUCUGACCAAGCUAACUCUGCCUGCCAUUUGUAAUGACAAAGUGUGCCAAUGUCAUCAAUAAUGUCAAAUUUCUAUGAAAAUAUGACGACUAUAACGACACUGCCUAACUUUGUUAUAUUCAAGUCGGUGCAAAGUUAGCUUAGACGCCGUAGUGGCAUAGAAAUCCGGUAGAUUUGGUCACUGUCCACAUGUAUUGAUGAUGACUGUACCAUAAUCAGGGUGGGCGAAGCAUGCAAAAUAAGACAUUGUGCUGUUGAAAAUAAGAUUGAUAUUCGUUUGAAUCAAGUUAACCUUGGUUGGCUUAGACGACUAAAAUUUUGGGCCUUAUAUUUGUAGCUGUUAGAGUGGUAUGCCACCUGUCCAAUUUCUUGGUCCAAUGUGCAUCGCCUCUCACUCUCUCAUUAAGCAAAAUGUAAGAUGCAAAUACCAAAAACCAAUAAAUCGGACAGGUGGAUUACCAACCUUAGUUAGUAACGCCAACUCAAAUUAAAGUGUUCAUUUUGACCCUGUUUUGAGGGUUUUUGAUACUUUUACAUUAUUGUCAAUUGUACGUGUUGUGUGCGUAUUUUGUAUGUGGUUUGAUAUUGAUAUGAGAAAUGACAGAAAUAUUCUACAUUGGUCGAAAACUUCACUUUAAAGCCUUUACAUUCCUUAAAAGAACUGAAUUUAUCAGAACACUCAAAUUGUAUGAAACUCAUAAUAAAAGUAGGCCGACUUUGCACGUGUAUGUAUGUUUGAACUAAAUUUUAUUUGUAUAUUGUGAACUUAGAUUAGAUUUUUCACGCUCAACUGUAUCUGAUGAGGUCAAUUUUGAAAACGAUUAUUUUUUAUAGCAAUUAAUAUUCCAUUGUUUAUUUUCAUAUUUUAUACCAAGAACCAACGAAUGGGAUUAGGUACUUUACCAAAUCCUAAUUCUUUAAUCUAAACCGUUAAUUAACGCUUUAACGGCAUCUAAGUUAUAUAAAUUUUGCAUAAACAAAAUACAAAAAACGAUGUAAGGUUUUUACGUAUAUUUGUAAGAGUGCACUAUAAAGGGUUAAAUUACUAAAGAGGGCACAUAAGUCGAAAAAAAAUAACUUGAUUUUAACCCCCUUACGGCUUGAAUUAUACUCGUAAAAUUAUUUUUUAGUGCAACUCAACAUGAUAAAUAUAAGUACAUGCUGUCAACUGCUUCAACAAUUCCUUCCUAUUAUUAUGAAUGAAAUAGUGUUUUUUUUUUGGUAGACCACUGUUUUUCAAGCCAGGCAAUGUUGGCAGAGUUAGGCAAUGUUGAAGAUCAUAAUUUUUAAAUUUCAUGUAGUUUACGGUAUUUCCAAAUCAGAUACAUUAGAGCCAAUGUUAAAGGUUUAUCGCUGAUAUUUGGCAGUUUUUUAAAGCUCACAAUUUUAAAGAGCAUUUUAUAUCAUUAGAUAAAAUUAAUUUUAUCCAUAUUCUUAUGAGUAGAUGUGAUUUGAUAUUUUAUUGUGAAAAAUACACCUAAUCGACUUGUGUAAUAAGAAACUUAUAAUUGGGACACUACUGACAAUUGUAUCACGUAUUUCUUUCAAGAGAUAAAUUCCUUUAGACUCAGUCUAAGCUUACUCUACACUGACUUGCAGAUCUAACUCUCGCAGUACCUACCACUAUUAAGAUGAAAGUGCGACCCGCGAGAAAUCGCCUUUGCAUUCAAACGUAGUCCUCUUUGUCCUCCCCGGGUAGGUACCUAUUGACAAUAUUGAAAAUAUUUUGACACGAUUUGAUGUAUAACAAGUAAAGCUAUUCCCCACCAUAAUUUUUUUUUUGAGUUUUUAUAAUUAUAAAAAUAUGUUUUUCGCUCAUAACUCUUAUAUCCACUCACAUGAUUGAUAUUUUUCAGUGACCUCUAUUAUUAUGUGAAAAUAAGGGUGACAGCUCGCAACCACAGUUGCAUGAAUCAUGUGAGUGGAUAAUAAUCAAAAAGUCUUAACGAAGGGGCAUUGCCGUGGUGAAAGGUGUUAUCUUAGAGCAUUUAGUAACUGGAGACGUCAUGGCUGUCAUUUUCUGUACAAAACAGUCUGCCGAUGUUUGCGGAGGAGGGAACGUAAAGUGUAUUGCUAUUUCCAUGAUUUCUAUGUCACCAUGUCAGUCCAUAUAAAAGUUUGCAUAAUUGUGCAAGGUUUUCGGCAGAGGGGUAUUACUGAAUCGCAAUUAAAAAGGGAUUGAGAUAGCUGUCAAUCCAUAUUGAUUUAGACGUAAGUGUAUGGAAAUCUGUCAUUUCUAAUCCCUUUCUGAUCGCGGCAUGAUAAUAAGCUCUUAACCUUUUGAACGCCAAACGGCGCAUCCAUUUGCCGUGCCACUGACGCCACGGGAGUAAAAUUUAGUUUUGUGAAUAAAUAAUGCCAACCUUAAAGCGGGGUGUUUUUCAGUAGAUUUUCAUCAAAAAACGAUCGACGUCAAAUGCCAUCUUUGGCGUCGUUGUCACGAUUUUGAGUUGACGUCAAUUGCCGUCUGUGGCGUUCAAAAGGUUAAAUUCGACUCCAGUUAUUAAAUGCUCUUAGGGUGUUAUACAAUAAAUUGUGUAAACUUAUUUUCCAAAAAGUCAAUGUUCACGGAGUAAAAGUAAAAUAAUUAAAAACUACGUUUGUAUAGAGAAGCGGCCAUGCACUAUCGUCUUAAACGGCAUAUUUUUGUAAGAAUUUGACGUUAGUCCCGCGGAAAUCUGCCGCUGGACGGAAAACUGGCCCGAUUGAUAUGUACCUAUUUUUUAAGGUUAACGUACCACAAACCGACUCGCAUUUAUUUUAAUAUAAUUAAGUAGGACAUUUAAUCGUUAUUUAAGGGAAUAGUAGAAACAAUUAUUAUUUUUAUAACAUUCAAAAUCGUUUGCUAGUUACCGUAAAGUGUCCCAAUAUUGCCCAAUGAAACUGCUUUGCUACAAAAACGGCUAAUUCUUUUUAAUAAAAAAGCAAGUAUACAUAUUUAAAGUAAGGGCAAAGUUGGGGUUUGAAGGCAAUGUUGUGCCAAUUUACAGUAAUUUAAUUUACUUUACUCGCCUAUGGAAGUUUAUGAAGCCAGAGAGAAACAAGCAGCUACUUUGUAGGAGGAAUUAUAUUUUCUUUUAUAAAUGUUAUGUGUCAUUGGUAAUAAUUGGUUUUAAGAAAAUAUAAUACACUUAUAAUUAUAGUCAAUGAUAUCAGAGUGAAUUUAAUGUUGGGAAUUUCAAUAAAUUUGUUAACUAAAUGUAAUUUAUUAGAAUUUGAAAUGUAUAAACUACUACUAAAUUACAUAUAUUGCAAAAUAGGCUGAUCUUCCAAGGUUUUAAAAAAAUCGAAAUUUCUCUUUUUUUAAGAUACUGCGUCUAGCUGACUCUGGUAUUUUUGAUUGUAUUUGAAAAUUCAAACAGUAAUAAUUUAAUAUUGUUAACAUGUAACAUCUGAAAUGGAAUCACAACUAUUUCCAUUAAUAUUAGUAUGUGUACAAUCAAAUUAUGAUUUUAUUUAUUUUAAAAAUAUUUUAUAACGCCAACUACAGUUUUCUCAAUGUAAGUUAAGUUAAAAGUGAAUUAUACUAUUUUGAUUUUUGUA